AUGGGCGCGCAAGGGACACCAGGUGUAAUGGGACCUCUAGGGCCACAAGGGGCCGUUGGCCAAAAAGGAGCACCAGGUGUAAUGGGGCCACAAGGUCCAGCUGGCGAAAAGGGAACACCGGGGGUAAUGGGACCACAAGGUCCAGCUGGGCGAAAGGGGGAUUAUGGCGAACCAGGAACUGCUGGAGAACCAGGUGACCGUGGCUUGAUUGGUAUAAGUGGUAGACCGGGAGAAAAGGGAUCACCCGGAGAAAAGGGAGAAGGAGAUCUUUCUGGCCUGUGUGGUAAGCCAGAUUAUGAUGAUCAUGUUUAUAUUAUAUCUUAUUGCGUCAAAAUCAAAGAAAAAUAA